AACUGCUAAGGUCAUCAGUCCCAAGCUUACACACAACCUAAAUUAUCCUAAGGACAAACACACACACCCAUGCCCGAGGGAGGACUCAAACCUCCUCCGGGACCAGCCGUACAGUCCAUGACUGCAGCGCCUGAGACUGCUCGGCUAAUCCCGCGCGGCUAUUACUAGAAUAGCCUGCUGUGCUUAAAGAAAUGUAUGAAGAUGCACCCUUUCAAAUAUAACGAAACCGUGUACACGCUGUAUUUAAAAGAAUAAAUUAGCAGAGCUUUGACUCGUCUCUGACAAGAGUUUCGACGUGAUGAAUUGCAUUCUGCGUCUCCAGUGGGUGUGAAAUUCCUCGCUUAACACUCUUGCUCCAUCUUUCUCUUUAUUACGUCAUUAGCUGAAAUGUACAAAACGAGUUGCCUGACCUAUUGUGCGAUGGCACAUUUACAUAAUUAGUGAUGGGACACAACAAAUGAAUUCUAUAAAUGUAGCCGUUGCGCCUUCGUUCAGUGGAUCAGUUUCCGACCGGCGCCAUCAGUAUUACGUGUAUAUGUCAUAUAUCUGGCCUUGUAACAUUAACCAAAACGGCCUUGCUGUUGUGGUACUGCGAACGGCUGAAAGCAAGGGGAAACUAAAGCCGUAAUUUUUCCGAGGGCAUGCAGCUUUACUGUAUGGUUAAGGGAUCACAAAUUUAGCAUUGGAGGGCAGCGUGGAGAGUAAAAAUCGUAGAGGGAGACCAAGAGAUGAAUACACUAAGCAGAUUGAGAAGGAUGUAGGUUGCAGUAGGUACUGGGAGAUGAAGGAGCUUGCACAGGAUAGAGUAGCAUGGAGAGCUGCAUCAAACCAGUCUCAGGUCUGAAGACCACAACAACAACAACAUGUCAUAAUAUAAAUACGAUCCCAUAAUUUUAAUUGAUUUCGUUUAAACACCCCCUUAACACACUUUUUACCCGUUUUUUUCAUCGUCAGUCUUCCAACACAUAAAUCGAGCUGCUUGUCUCGACUGGCAAUGAUUUGUUUACCCGCACGAAAAACUCGAUUAUUAGGCUGAUACGAGAACGAGUUGUUGAACCAGAAACAGCUCUCGUAUCUCGUCAGGGGACAGUUGCAGCGGCAAGUAGCAGGUGAGAGGGGAACCCCCUGCGGGAGCAGACAGGCGACGGCGGCGGCGCUGGGCGCCCCCCACUCCCGCUCCCUCUCCUUCCUGGUCCCCCUCCCCCUCCCCCUCCCCGCCCGUCCCUCUCCCCCUCCCCUCCUCGCCCCGUCCCGUGGUUUUUGUGGGCACGUAACAAGAGUGGCAUCUGUGUACAUUUGGGCAUCUUCCUCAUUUCUAUAAUCGUGCUGCCCGCCCCCGCCCCCUUCCCCCACGCCUGUAGAUGUUCCGCUGCGCUGCCCCGCUUGCAUGCCGCCCGGACCCCGCACGCCGCCCUCGGCCCAGCGUCAUGUGUUUGUUACACGUGUUCUCAACAGGAGCCAGGCUCACCGACCCGGCCGCCAAUCAGGCGCCGCGUGUGCGACUCCGAACAAGGAAUACAGCGUCCAGCUGACAUUCAGAGAGCAGUGGAUGGACGAGCGGCUCAAGUUCAAUGACUUCAAAGGAAAAAUAAAGUACCUGACACUGACAGACGCCAACAGAGUAUGGAUGCCAGAUUUAUUUUUCUCUAAUGAAAAGGAAGGACAUUUUCAUAACAUUAUCAUGCCCAACGUUUAUAUACGUAUUUUUCCUUACGGAUCGGUGCUCUACAGUAUCAGAAUCUCUCUGACGCUCUCCUGCCCGAUGAACCUGAAGCUGUACCCGCUCGACAGGCAGGUGUGCUCGCUGAGGAUGGCCAGCUAUGGUUGGACGACUGAUGACCUGGUGUUCCUGUGGAAAGACGGCGACCCGGUGCAGGUGGUCAAGAACCUGCACCUGCCGCGCUUCACGCUAGAGAAGUUCCUUACCGACUACUGCAACAGCAAAACCAACACAGGAGAGUACAGCUGCUUGAAGGUGGACCUGCUGUUCAAGCGCGAGUUCAGCUACUACCUGAUCCAGAUCUACAUCCCGUGCUGCAUGCUGGUGAUAGUGUCGUGGGUGUCCUUCUGGCUCGAUCAGAGCGCCAUCCCGGCACGGGUGUCCCUGGGCGUGACCACGCUGCUUACCAUGGCCACCCAGACGUCGGGCAUCAACGCCUCCCUGCCCCCCGUGUCCUAUACCAAAGCCAUCGACGUGUGGACGGGCGUGUGCCUCACUUUCGUGUUCGGCGCGUUGCUCGAGUUCGCGCUCGUCAACUACGCGAGCCGCUCGGACAUGCACCGCGAGAACAUGAAGAAGCAGCGCCGCCAGGUUGAGCUGGAGCACGCCGCGCAGCUCGAGGCGGCCGCUGACCUGCUCGUGGAGGACGGCAGCACCACCUUUGCCAUGAAGCCGUUGGUGGGACACCCGGGCGGUCCGGCGGCCGCAGCGCCCGGCCUCGCGGGCCUGGACAAGGUGCGCCAGUGCGAGAUCCACAUGCAGCCCAAGCGCGAAAACUGCUGCCGCACCUGGCUCUCCAAGUUCCCCACGCGCUCCAAGCGCAUCGACGUCAUCUCGCGCAUCACCUUCCCGCUCGUCUUCGCGCUCUUCAACCUCGUCUACUGGUCCACCUACCUGUUCCGCGAGGACGACCGCGAGUGAGCCGCCAGCCGCCGUCGCAGCAGCAGCCAGCUACGUGGGCCGUCAUCGCCAGCACACACACACAAACACACACACACACACACACACACACACACACACACACACACGACACACAAGCUCACAAGCACACACAGACACCAGCAGUCUGCACACCGACACACAUUUGGACUAAGCAGGGUCAUCCGCGGCGGGCUGCCUCCGCCUUACAACCUUCCUUACAGCACGAUUACCUCCCUUCCCACGCCCCCGUACAAAAAACACGAAUACGAUCCCUUCUCCCGCCAAUACUUCACACGUAAGAAAAUUGUCGCCGUUAAGCUGAUCUACUACUAUCAUGAAAUGUACUUUUGUGUCACCUGUACCGCAGAAAAAAAAUAUUUGUAAAUGUGUAGAUUUUUACAGUUUCGUAAUUAAACAAUCAGCUCCUUGCACGAACACUUUCUAGACUGCACACUAUAGCUGUCAGAACACAGUCACCGACACAUUGGGAAAGGACUGAACUCCUUGUAUGUCUUCUCCCGCAUUGACGCUCAUUUUCUCUGUAGGGAUUUUCCCGAUCCUCGUACGUAGCCUGCCUGUGUUACAAUGAUGUAUUACUCUCCCCGAGCCAGAGUGGCGUACUAGCAUUCCUGUGUCAGACUGGCGUAUCAGUGCAACAUGUUUACACCUCUAGGGACUACCAUUACUCAAUACUCAGUUUAAUGGUAAUUGUCGGCUGUACGAUAAUACAGACAAAAUGACUUUUCGCUCAUCUUCAGAGACAACUUUUCAAUGGGUGAAAACGCAUGUGUAUGUUGUUACUUUUGUAUUCUUCGAAAGACGGAUGCCGUCGGUGUACGUACUGACUACUUCUGCGAGUGAGAUUGACAAUCGUCUUCCCUUACAGGGCUACGGUAGGUAUAUCUAGAUGUAGAAUAGUUUCCUGCCGUACGUUACAGACUCUCAGCCGAAUUCAAAGGAAGAUCUGUGCCAUUUUCCCACAUUCAGUGCGCUCUUUGAGAACGAUGCUGCUAGCCUUCCUCAGUAUGAAUCUGACUCAGCAUCUGAAGAAACCUGGAAGUGAGAGACAAUAUGCCCCUAUCUCUGACGACGAAUUCUCAAUGUCUUCGAUGGACAGAGGUAUGUUAAGACAUUCCUACUGACACACUUGACUAAGUACUUGGCAGUGCGACAUAUAAUGGCUCGUAAAGCAAUCAGAUUCAGUGCUGAUCUGUCCUAUGGCAUGGCCACUUACAGUACUUGUAUACUUUUGCGAGAAUCAGUUUAUAUUCGAGGCAGAUAACGUUAGAUGCAUCCAGGGUGGCAGAGUGACAAAAUCAAAAUUUUACAGAAGCUCGUUCCACUUAAGGCGGUACUUUUUUUGGUAUACUGAAUAGCGUUACUUGGCGCUAUGAACUGUCGAUUGUUUUUGCAUAAAGUAUCACUUCUUCUUGUUACGAAAACCUGUGGCCAAAAUGUGAAUCCUUCUGCCCUCCUGUAAGCAUCCGACAGGUGAGACACCUUACGAUUUGUUUUACUUUCAGACUAUUUUGUUUUAUAGCAACGUGUCUCUGUGUGGUGGAGGCUAAACACAUAUUAGAUCCAGGUCCUUAGAUUUUAACUGGGAAGACGAAGAAAAUGAUUUCACUCUUGUGAGUUUAUUUCACGCUUCCGCACAACAAAGUAAUGACAAAUUGACGCUAUUAAAUCUAAGGUUCACGAUGUAAACGUCUUCCAAACAGCAUUAAUUAUUUGCCUGGUUGUAAAAGUGUUGCUGAUCAGUUUCUAAUUCACUGUGUGAUAUGUGGUGCUUUAAUUAGUAAAUAAAUUACUGGCGUAGAAGUGACGGUUUUGUUUUGGCCAUUGAAAUUUCAUAAUUUUUGGGAAACUACAGUUUAAAUUAGCUAUGUCUCUACUUUAAUGUGCAGGAGCUACUCGUUACUCGAAAGGCACAAGAAAGUUUUACCAGAAUGAGAGCCCUAAAUAGAGAGGCAGAAGGGUUCAUUUCACACACGGUCUGAAAGUGACACGUGAUGUUUGGUCGUGGGUUGCAAGCAACCAGGUUGAAUUGGAAGUUUCCUUCUGGGCAUUACAUUCUCGUUCGUUUCUAUACUACCUAUACUGCUUUAUCCGUAGCGAGAAGCGUUAAUUGAAAUAUGGAAAUGUAUUACCCGCUGCAAAACAUACUCGUAAUAACCGUAGGUGCAAAGCGCGUGUGCGCCGGGCGGGACGUAGAGCUAGAGAUAGACUUCAGUCCGCAGGCGACAGCCACACGAGUUCGAGCCGUGCAGUGCUCUGACCGCGUCGGGCGCCGGGAUCAGGCGCACACACGUAGCUUUGCUGGUAGCCGUAGCUCACAGCAGCGAGAGGGUCGCUACCCGUCUGAGCGGUAAUACCUUGUUAUUGUUUGACGGUUACUAUUAUUUGUAUAUUCUAGAAAUGUGUGUAAUGUUUAGCACUUAGCACGAAUAAAUAUAUGAAAUAUAUUAUAUACGUAUAUAAAAAAACUGUGAAAGCGCAAUUAUUUUUGAAAAAUGAGAGUGAGUUUGUGAAGAAGAGGAAGGCGCAAGCUUUGAUAGUGUUUUCGCGUUAGGAGACGUAGCGUAGAAUAGAGGAGUACCGACAUCUUGUAAUCUAAUGUUGUGCUAUUUUGUUAACUUCAUUAUGAAACGUCAAAAAACUUUAAAAGAGUCUGAGUGAACAGAGAAUAUCGCAGUAAGUCAUUAAAUGAUGAAUUAAAGUUGUAAGGUUGUUUAUUGAAUGUUGUCAUGACUGUUGUAAUAAUAAAUGCACAUUUUGAAAAAUA